AUGGACCAAAAUACACCACUACUAGGGUCGAAUAGACAACCAGCCUCAAGUUUGCUCACAAGACCACAACUCCCUACUUGGCAAGCUAUCAAAAUAGAUGUCAAAUAUGCAUUUAAUUCAUCUCCUUUGAAUUUGCUAUUACCCUUUACCCUUCUUGGGCUAAUCUGGGGCCAUUUCCAAUUGGGCGAUACACUAUCGUUUGCGUUUAAUUUCUUAGGUAUCAUCCCAUUGGCAGCCAUCUUAGCAUUUGCUACUGAAGAAUUAUCCGAUAAUGUAGGAAACACUCUGGGGGCAUUGUUGAAUGCCACUUUUGGUAAUGCUGUAGAAUUGAUUGUUUCCAUCAUUGCCUUGAGAGAGGGUCAAAUUAGAAUCGUGCAAGCUUCUAUGUUGGGUAGUAUCUUGUCGAAUUUAUUAUUGGUUCUAGGGUUCUGUUUCAUCUUUGGUGGGUAUAACCGUGUACAACAGAAGUUCAACCAAACUGCAGCACAAACAAUGUCUUCAUUAUUAGCCAUUGCAUGUGCCUCACUAUUGUUGCCUGCAGCCUUUAAGGCUACUUUACCCUCCGAUGGCAAAGACCAAUGGAUCAUUGAUGAGAAAAUCUUGGAAUUAUCAAGAGGUACCUCUGUGAUCAUCUUGAUUGUCUACGUUCUUUUCUUAUUUUUCCAAUUGGGCUCUCAUCAUGAAUUAUUUGAAGAACAAAACUUGGAAACCGAUGAGGUAUUAUCUCAAUACAACACUCAACCCACCCAUCACCUUUCGGUUAGAUCUGCCAUCACUUUCCUUGUCAUCGCUACUUUGGUAGUAUCGUUUUGUGCCGAUUAUUUGGUCGGUGCCAUUGAUAACGUUGUGGAAUCCACAGGGCUAUCCAAGACAUUUAUUGGUUUGAUUAUCAUCCCUAUCGUCGGCAAUGCUGCAGAACAUGUUACUUCCGUAUUAGUAGCCAUGAAGGAUAAGAUGGAUUUGGCUAUUGGUGUGGCCAUUGGUUCUUCUUUACAAAUUGCAUUGUUUGUAACACCUUUCAUGGUUUUAGUAGGUUGGUAUAUCGAUGUUCCAAUGACUUUGAACUUUUCUACUUUUGAAACUGCAAUUUUAUUCAUCGCAGUCUUUUUAUCAAACUAUUUGAUCCUAGAUGGGGAAUCCAAUUGGUUAGAAGGUGUUAUGUCAAUUGCCAUGUAUGUGUUGAUUGCACUUUCUAUUUAUUACUACCCAGACACAGAUAUGUCAACUUGA